AUGCUGUCUUGCGCCAGUAAAGGGCCUAAACGCCCUCCGCGAUUUCUAGAAAUCCGUUCGUCGGCAGCAUUCAUUGUCGCCACAGUAUGGACAUCAUCAUUCACAGACUAUUUCCUGUAUGCCAUGAUCGUCCCAGUCAUGCCAACAGCCCUAGUAGAUCGAGCUGAAAUCCCGUUUGCAGAACGUGAAUACUGGGUAAGCGUACUCCUGAUGUGCGAGGCAGCCGUUGCCUUCCUCUGCUGCCCCAUUUUUGGAUACCUUAUCGACAUCGCACCCUCGCGCCAAUUCCCCUAUCUGCUCGGGCUCAUCCUGCUCGGUGCCUCCAUGGGCUUGCUUGCAGUCGCGCACACGGUGUGGCUCUUCGUCACGGCCCGGCUGCUGCAAGGCGGCGCCUCGGCCAUGGUGGCCGUCGCCGGGCUGGCGCUGCUGACCGACUCGGUUGCGUUCGACAACCUGGGCCAGACGAUCGGGUAUCUAGGCUCAUCGAUUGCGCUGGGCUUCCUGCUCGGCCCGCUCCUGGGCGGUCUGGUGUACGACGCGGCGGGCUACAAUGCGGUCUUCGCGAUGGCCUUUGCGAUCAUCGCCGUCGACCUGAUCAUGCGAGUCGCGGUGAUCGAGAAGAAGGUCGCUCGCGCAUGGACGUCGGAGCCCGAGCCGGGUCCGAGCCAUCCUCGCGAACAAAUCCCGGAUGAGUCUCGGGGCAAGCAUGGUCUGGCUCUGCUGCGGAUCGCCAGCCAGCCGCGGGUGCUCAUCUCGUGCUGGGCCCUGCUGGUACAGGGCAUCUUGUACUCUGCCUUCGACUCGACAAUCCCCAUCUUCGUAGAAACCCGAUUCGGCUGGACUCCGUUCGGCGCCGGAAUGGCCUUCUUGCCGUCUGCAUUCACAGCCCUCUUCGAACCCUACUUCGGCUCCAUCUCAGACCGCUACGGCGCCCGCCCCGUCACCUUCGCCUGCUUCCUCCUGCUCGCCCCCCCACUAAUCGCCCUCCGCCUCGUCACCGACAACACAACCCACGACAUCAUCCUCCUCCUCUCCCUCCUCACCGUGAUCGGCCUCCUCAUCAACGCCAGCCUGCCCGCCCUCUACGUCGAGACGCAGCAAGUCCUCGACGACAUGGAGCGCGCGCGGCCGGGCGUCUUCGGCCCCCGCGGCGCCGUCGCGCAGGCGUUCGGCAUCCAGACCAUGGCGCAGUUCGCGGGGCUGUUCCUGGGCCCGUUGUGGGGUGGGUUCGUGGAGUAUCGGUUUGGGUGGGGGGUGAUGUCGGCGACGUUGGGUGUGUUGGCGGCGGGGACGGCGGUGCCGAUGUUGUGGCUUGGGAGGGGAGAAGGGGAGGGCGGGGGCGAGGGUUUGGAGGGCGAGGGCGUUGGGGAGAGGAGGAGGUUGUUGGGGGAGGAAGGGAAUGUAUAG